AUGUUACACUCGUCCCGAUACAUUGCAUUGGCAACAAUUGAACACCAUGGCUGCUUCAUGCGGAAGGGCGUUACGGUGAUGAGAAAAGGCUCUCAAAUUUCAAAAUCCGUACAGUCAUCUCAUCCAUAUUUCUUAAAGCAAUUUAGCACUUGCUCUUUUAUUAAUUCGCAAAUCGAGGAUGAUAAUAUUGACACGGAACCUCAUCAAUUAGAUUCAUUUCAAAAAACACGAAAAGUUCGUUCAUUCUUUAUGGAGGAUGAUUUGGAAAAUUGUUUAAACAAAUUUCGAAAGAACCCUAAAGUUUCGGAUGCAAUUUUUUUACUGCGUCAGCGAGAAUUUAGUUUUGAACAGCAAAUGGAAAUUUACAAACAAGCAGUGGCAUAUAACUUGAAACAACAGAUUCUGCUUAAAGUUGCGAUCAUUGACGUGUGCUUCAAAUUGCGCAAACAUGAUAUCAUGAAAGUGCUUGUUCACGAGUUGGUAGAAUUAAUGAAUAGUUUCAGUAAGAAAACGAAAGAAGAACAACGCGAUAUUGUCGUUCCAAACAUGUGGAAUUCUAUUGUUGCUUGUUUGACGCAUGACAAAGACUCGGAUAAAGAGGGUAUAUAUUGGUACCAUUAUUUUGUGGAGCAAGGAUAUGAAGGGCCAAAGAAGUUUGUGCUACAGCGAAUGUUGAAGGUAUUCUCACGCAAUGGGGAUUACGAUCAAUGUAAAGUAAUUAUGAAUCAGCUCAAGAAUAUGGAUAAAGCUACCGAUGUGAGCUAUUCAGUAUUGUUGAAAUCUCUAUGCAAGUCAAAAAGUCUCACACAAGCAAUGACAAUUUUGGAAGAAAUGAAGGAGCACAAUAUUGUACCUGAAGUUAAUUCAUUAAUUUCUCUCGCUAAGCUCUGUUCGGAAAAGAAAGCCUUUGAAGAGGGAAAGAAAAUUCAAACUUUGGCAACACAUGAAUAUCCCAAUAGCAUCGAGUUGAAAAAUACUAUCAUCCAUAUGUACAUUGCUUGCAGGCAUAUCGAAGAAGCUAUUGAAAUGUGCAAACAAAUGAAGCACGAUGGAUCAAUAACAGAGGUGACAUAUAAUUGUUGGAUUCAGGCCAAAAUUUCACAAAACGACAUAUACGGCGCCAUUGAGAUUUUGAACGAAAUGGAAACGUCCAAGGUUGAGCCAAAUUCAUCAACCUUUGCCAUACUGAUAUCAGCAUGCGCAAAACACAAAUUAUUGGAAGAAGGAAAGAAAAUUCAUGAAAAAUCCGAGCAGCACAACAAGUACGGUGCUGAGCUGACCAGCUCCAUCAUGAAUUUGUACAUGAAUUGUGGAAAACCAGAAAUAGCUGUAAAGUUUUUUACUGAGAUUAAACACAAUCAGGAGGCGAUGGAUGUCGAGACAUGGAACAUGUUAAUUCGAGCAUACCUGGCUUUGGACCAUGUUCGCGAAGCUGUGGAUACUAUUCGCGAAAUGAAGCUGAACGGGUAUGAGCCAAACGGCUACUCAUUUGGAUCCCUCAUCAACGCAUGCGCCAAAAAGAAAUUAUUUGAGGAAGGAAAAUACAUUAUUGAGGUAGCGAGCAUGUUUGAACACGUUGUGAACCUAUUGGAUUUCAAAACCGAGAUUGUCCAUUUUUAUUGGAAACUUGGAGACAUGACAGCAUUAACCAAGGCACUGUCAGAUCUGAGACAACAGAAAAAUCUAGACUCUACUGCAUAUAAUUUGUUGAUUAUAGGUUACACGUUUAUUGGACAAACAGAUACGGCUUGUGAAAUCUUGCAUGAGGCAAUUUCUAAAAACAGCAAUCCACAGUCAUCAUGCAUGACCAUAUUGCUCAAAAAGUGUGCCUACAACGGAGAUGUUGUAAAUGGAGAGAAGGUUAUUGAGCUCAUCAAACGUUUGUGGCACUGGCAAAGCGAUGAACAUAUCUCAGCUAUCAUGAUUAAAUUCUAUGGUAAAACCAAACAAUUAGAAAAGCUAAUGGAGGUAUAUGAGCAGAUUGUGACCACUCGAGUUCCCAACAUUGAAACAUGGAACCAAAUACUAUUAGGAUUUUGUAAUAAUAACCAACCACAACAGGCACUCCAUGUGUUCAAUCGCUUGAUAGAAAUGAAGGUAGAACCAACCGAAAAAACUGUUUCCACGGUGUUGAUGGGUCUCAUGCGUGCUGGACUUGUGCAUGAAUGUCAAGAUUUUUAUGAACAUUGCAUUGCAACCGUAUGGAGAGGAAAAGAGCCUCCACAAAUCUGCAAGAAUAUUAUGAAGGAGAACUACUCUACGAACCAUUCGUUAGAAAAUCAACAACAAUAA